AUGGAUGACAUCGAAGCCUUGCGGCGAAAGCUCCGAGAGGCUGAGAACCGCGCCCUAGAGGAGCAACGACGGCGCGAAGAGGCUGAGAACCGCGCUUUGCAGGACCAACACCGACGCCAAGUAGCCGAAGCACUCACCGCAGCUUCCCAGCCACAGAACCUUCAGCAAUAUCUCGAGACAUGUCAUUCGCUUCAUCUUGCUAUUGAGGUGGUAACAAAUCGAUCUUUGACUACGCAAGGAGAAACCACCCACCCCACUGGCCGAAUUUUCCCUCGACGAAUUAUCCCCUGGGACGAUUUUGCAAUGAGACAAGAGGAGAUCUGGAACGACCUGUCGAUUAGCGAGCUGUUUUGUGAACCAGCAUAUCCGUCUAAUCAUCAGAUGGAAUACGUCAGGUCAUUGCUCAAACCUUUUAGCAGUGAAGUUGGGCUCCGGGAUUUCGAGCGCGAUGUGGUAGAAAACGCGGUUCAGAACGCAAGGAUCUGCCCCGAAGCAGGCGCCAGCUCCCAAGUCCCGUCGCAAAGCGAGGGGAAUGGGCAAUCGGGCGGAUCAUUUUGUAUAUACAGGACUUCAGAGUGCCGAAAUGUCCCAGCCCUUGCUGUUGAGUACAAGGCACCGCACAAAUUAAGUCUCGACGAAAUCAUCACUGGUCUUGAGGCGGAAGUUCAGCCGGAACGUGAUGUGAUUAACAAGGACAGUCAGGGCUUUGUCUUGACUGCCCGACGCCUUGCCGCCGCUGUGGUCACUCAGCUCUUCUCGUACAUGAUCGGCAAGGGCAUUCAGUUUGGUUAUAUAUGCACGGGUCAGGCAUUAGUCUUGCUUCAUAUCCCGAACGAUCCUUCCACCGUCUACUUCUCGGUAUGCGUGCCAAAUCAAGAUGUAAUGGACGACGACGAGACGAGUCUCCGUCGUACAGCCGUUGCACAGGUUUUCGCUUUCAUUCUCCAGGCUCUCCGCGCCAGGCCACCACCUCAGAUGUGGCAUGACGCGGCCGAGACACUCGGUAUAUGGACUGUCGAGUACGAUGAUAUUCUGAGGGAUAUCCCACCAUCGGAGCGCAAACGCAAAGAGCCACGUGCGUCUCCUUAUAGACCACAACAUUGGAAGGGCUUUAAGAGAUCCCCAAUUCGGACUCGCUCCCGCUGCCAGCAACCAGGCACCAGCGUUGAACAGCCGAAGGAGGAUGACGAAGAUCCCCCGUCGCCUACUCCAAAUCCAUCUCGCACAAGUGGGAAAUUGUUACCCUCGAUGAGCAAAAGCUCAAGCUCGAAGAGUGGGAAUCAAGGACGGCGCAGUGGCCGGCAGCAACAGCGGGGCGUAGUAAAGAAGUCGGAUAUUCAAGACCGGCCACUCUGUACUCAGCGUUGUCUCCUAGGAUUAGCACAUGGCAGACCCUUAGACAAGAGCUGUCCCAGCGCAAGUUAUCAUGGGCAAAGGCACAUUAGUCGACUUCAGUUCCGGCGGCUCGUCCGACACCAACUUGCUGUAGACCGUGGAUAUGAUGCAGAUUGCGCGCCGCUCCAUAGAUCUGGCUCGCGUGGGUCACUCUUUAAAGUGCGGCUGACAUCUCACGGCUACACACUAGUUGCCAAAGGUGUUGAGGGCGCAGAUCUUGUCUGCCUGCAGCACGAAAAGGAUAUAUAUGACCAACUCCAACCCAUCCAGGGAGAGUACGUCCCUAUAUGCUUGGGCAUUAUUGUUCUGGCCAUACCAUAUUAUUAUGACAGCGGCAUUUGGGUGCAUUUCAUGUUCCUCAGUUGGGCUGGACAACCAAUUCUUGACUGUGUUGACCCGGCUAUGAAAGCAGGUAUUGCCACCGCUGUUGCCAUGGCCUACAGAGCAGUGCACAAGUUGCGCGUUCUUCACCGUGACGCACAGCCCCGUAAUAUCCUAUACAAUACGACUAGUCGUGGGUUUAUGGUUGUGGAUUUUGAGCGCGCGGAGUUCCACUGUCGCCGGCCGUUGGUCUCAAUUAAGCCGAACCUGAAUCGGAAGAGAAAGCGUAGGGCAGUACAGAAACAAAAGAAGAACGACUUUGCGAGAGAGCUGGAGUCUGCCGUGGCAAAUGCAUUAAGUUGUGUCGUGAACUUACCCUUUUGA